UCUUAACGAUACUCUUCUUACUGGUCCAGAUUUGAUUAAUUCUCUGGUGGGAGUACUUUGUAGAUUCAGGAAGGAAGCCGUUGCUGUGACAUGUGACAUUGAAAAGAUGUUUCAUCAAUUUCAUGUCCCCCCUGAAGAGAGAGAUUAUUUAAGAUUCCUAUGGUGGAAGAAUGGGGAUUUGAAAGAAGAGCCCAUUGAAUAUAGAAUGACUGUGCAUCUUUUUGGUGCAGCUUCAUCUCCUGGGUGUGCGAACUUUGGCCUGAAGUAUCUCGCAGAGAAGUACAAAUCUGAGUAUUCUGAAGCCUCUUCAUUUGUGAAUAAUAACUUUUAUGUGGAUGAUGGCUUAAUUUCAGUUCCAUCUAUACAGGAAGCUAAAGAUUUGAUUGCAGAAGCUAAAACCCUGUGCAAGCUUGGAGGGUUACGUCUCCAUAAGUUUAACUCAAAUGAGAAAGAUGUCUUGCGCUGUGUGGAUUCGUCAGAGUGGGCGGUUUCUUCUAAGCCACUAAAUUUGACUUCUGAAUCAUCUGGGCAUGUUCUUGGCAUACAGUGGUCUACAAAGGAUGACACAUUCAGUUUCAACUCUCAACUUAAAGAUCAGCCUGCAACACGUCGAGGUAUCUUGUCAAUUGUAUCUUCCUUAUACGAUCCCGUUGGAUUUGUUGCUCCUUUCCUUUUGAAGGGAAAGUGCAUUUUGCAGGAGCUCUGUCAGAGAAAUAUGGAAUGGGACGAUUCUCUCCCUGAUGACUUAAUUCCACGGUGGGAGGAGUGGAAAAAUAGUCUCCAGGACUUGAAAGAUUUUACUGUUCCAAGAUGUUACUAUCCUUCGUCCUUUAGUAAGAUUGUGUUGACAGAGUUGCAUCAUUUCUCAGAUGCAAGCAACCUUGGUUAUGGUGCAUGUUCCUACUUAAGAGUCAAGAGUGACAAAAAUGAAGUGCAUUGUUGCCUAGUAAUGGCCAAGGCUCGAGUGGCACCUAUAAAAAUCAAGAGUAUUCCAAGACUGGAAUUGGCUGCUGCGGUGGUUUCUGCUAGACUGAGUGUUUUGCUAAAAGCUGAACUGCAAAUGAUGAUCGAUCAAAAGUUCUUUUGGUCUGAUUCACAAGUUGUUCUUGCAUAUCUCAACAAUGAAGCAAGAAGGUUUCACGUGUUUGUCGCUAAUCGUGUUCAAUUGAUCAAGGAAAUUACAAAUACAAGCCAGUGGUAUCAUGUCAACACAUCUCAAAAUCCUGCUGACCAUGCCUCUAGAGGUUUACUCAUUUCAGAGUUGAGAUCUACUAACUGGAUGACUGGACCUACAUUUUUAUGGGACCAAGAAGUGUGUCCAGCUCCAAACACUUCAACUAAAUUACUAGUAGGAGAUCCUGAAGUCAAACUUGUACAGGUACGGCUGACUAAAAGUAGUGAUACUGCUAACUUCCUUGAUCGAUUUGGCCACUUCUCUUCCCUGAGAACUCUAAUCAAUGUUGUUGCUCGAAUAAAAAGGCUAGCAUUAAGGAAGAAAUGUCUUAAGGAUAUUGUCACCGUUGAAGAACGCAAGUGUGCAUUACAGGCUGUGAUUAAGCUUAUUCAAGAACGAGCCUUCUCCCAAGAAAUCCAAACAAUCCAAGGAGGUAAGGCUCUUCAGAAGUCCAGUUCACUUUUCCACCUGGAUCCCAUCUUGAAAAAUGGUCUUCGUGUUGGAGGAAGGUUGAAAGGAUCAUCUCUUAGCGAAGAGGUCAAACAUCCAUUAAUUUUGCCCAAAGAGAGCCACAUUACCAACCUUAUUCUAAAACACUAUCACAGCAAAAUUUGCCAUCAAGGAAGGUCCCAAACGCUUAUGGAACUCAGGACACAUGGAUUUUGGAUUAUUGGUGGCAGUAAGUCGGUUGCUAAGUUAAUCUACAAUUGCGUUCAAUGUCGGAAACUCAGGCGACCAGUGGAGGAACAACAAAUGGCAGAACUUCCAAAAGAACGUACUGAAGCCUCUUCCCCGUUCUGCUACACGGGUAUGGAUUGUUUUGGUCCAUUUAUUAUAAAAAAGGGACGAAAGGAGUACAAAAGGUACGGCCUUCUUUUCACUUGCCUUUCAUCACGAGCAGUCCACAUUGAAAUGCUUGAAGACCAUUCAACAGACAUGUUCAUUAAUGCUUUGAGAUGUUUCAUAAGUCUGCGAGGAGCUGUUCGUCAACUUUAUUGCGACUGUGGUACAAACUUUGUAGGAGCUAGAAAUGAAUUCAAACAGGCUCUUAAGGAAUGCGAUGUCAAAACACUGGAGAGAUAUCUUGCGGAAAAUCAGUGUGAGUUUAUCUUUAAUGCUGCCUCAGCUAGUCACUCAGGAGGUGUCUGGGAACGCCAAAUUAGGACUGUGCGUAAUGUGCUGAAUUCUACUCUUUCUUUGUGCCCUGGUAGACUGGAUGACUCUUCUCUAAGAACAUUGUUUUAUGAAGCGAUGGCUAUUGUUAAUAGUCGACCAUUAACUGUGGAUGGAAUAAACGACCCAAAAUCACUAGAACCUUUAACUCCUAAUCAUCUUGUUUUAAUGAAAUCCGAGACUGCUCUUCCUCCCCCAGGGAAGUUUCUAAAGGAAGACGUGUAUGCUACAAAAAGGUGGCGCAGGGUUCAGUACUUGAUUGAACAGUUUUGGAGUCGUUGGAAAAGGGAAUAUCUCCUGAAUAUAUCCACAAGACAGAAGUGGCACGUACCUCGACGUAAUCUUAAAGUAAAUGACAUUGUAAUCAUUAAAGAUGACAUGCUUCCUAGAAACAAAUGGCAGUUAGGUAGGGUUGUUGAGGUUUUUCCAGGUAACGAUGGCCUUGUUAGACGCGUUAAAGUUCAAACAGGAGAACAAAAACAGAAAACGGGGUUGGGGCACCAUUCUUCACAUUCAGUUAUUGAGCGACCAAUCCAAAAAUUGGUUGUUAUAGUUGAGAGUGAUUAGUUGCAACUUUCUUGCAUCAGACAAAUAAUGUUAAUUUUGUAUGUGGAUUUAUUUUGUGAGUUAAAUUUGAGGUUAAAAUCAUGUAUGAUAUUUGUUUUGUUUGUUUUGAUUCAUACCAUGAUUUGGUGGGAGUGUAACUGCCCAUGAUUUAAUGUACUCGCUUUGCUUGCCCUAAUUGGAGUCACCACAGGAGGGCGCUCUAGACUAAUAGGAUUUAAGUGAGACAAAGCAGAGUAAGAGCAAUUCACGUUUGUUCACGAGCUAACAGGUACAGCUCGGAAGAAUGCCUUGAGCUUUUAGUGUCCCUUCGGCAAGCAGAGCGAGUUUUACGGUGCUUUGGUGCUUUGGUGCUUUUGGUCUUUUGAUGCUUCUGUGUAUACAACAAAGAACUGAGACGAUGAUUUAUGUGAUGAACUUUAUUGCAUCCAAGUAAAACUUUUUAAAUGCA